AAGAAAAAAUAAGAAACAGGGCAGGGUUCGAUGGUUGAAUCAUCCGUCCUCACCAAUGCCACAACCAAAUCUACACCCUUGAAUCUCUGGUUCUCUUCCACAGCAUGUCUUUGUCCUGUCCUUCUACCCUCACCCCCCAACUGGUCGUGCCAGAUUGUUGCCCCUCUCUGAGGUUCUGCUGGAGGUUUUUUCCUGUUAAACGGGAGUUUUUCCUUCCCACUGUCACCAAAGCACUUGCUUAUAGGGGGUCAUAUGAUUGUUGGGGUUUUCUCUGUUUUCUUAUAUUAUUGUUGUGUAUUUACCUUGCAAUAUACAUUACCUGGCAACUGUUGUUGUGAAUUGUCCAUUAAAUAAAUAAAAUUUAAAUUUUUAUAACAAAACUCAGAACUAGGAAUUGCAAAAUAUCACUACAAUAGAAAACCAUGAAAUGAUACAAAACAAAAACAUAAAUCACUUCUAAAAACCCAGAAGAACUAAUAACUCACAGAAAAACUCAAAAUCCUAGAACUUGGAUCCAGGAUUUUCCCAAUGUGGAAUAAAAAAGUAGAAAUCAAAUAAAGCAGUGGGUAAAUAACUGGAUUGUUUUCACAGACCAUCAUCACUUAAUGGCCAAGAUGAAAUAAUGCAUUUCUUAACACAUUUAAAAAAAAAAAAAAAAAGAAGUUGUUUUAAGAUGAUAUCAUGGAGACAUCUGACAAAUUUACGAAGCAGUAUCUGUAUACCACUAGUCAGGGUAAUAUUAAAGAGUGGCCCAUGAUAAGAAUUGACUGAUGGGUCUUCGCUUUUAUUCUCUGACGUCCAUUUAUCUACAAAAAGAAAGUAUUGAAAACUCUUAGUGUCUUUAGACCUUAAAUACAAUAUGGCAAAGCUGGAAACAAAGAAUUUUGCAGAGUCAUGCACCUUGUUUAUAUUUAACUGAAAAAUCCCACAUCCCACACAAAUGUACUGAGAAACUUUCCUUUGUGCUUCAGCUGUAGGACUUUAGCUUAAAUAUUUAAACUAAAAUUUAAUAUUUAACUACUUUCCUACGAACCUUGCUAAAACCUGUUACUCAGUUAUUCAUUUGAAAUUCGGCUGUCCCCACCUUCUGGGCCAGCCUUAGAGAACCAAUCAGAAGCUACUGCAACCACAAACACAAACUCACAGUUAAAUUAGAGACAGGAGACCCCAAUUUUAAGUGCACCUCCUCUUCCUCUCCCAUCUUUUAACUCGCAAUCUUCUCAUGGCUUUAAAUGGUUUCCUUUAAACUUUUACUUUGACCAACACAAAAGCCUGGCAAGUAUAGCUUAACGAUCGGCAGUUGUGACAUAGUGAUGCAGCACAACUAAAUUUUAACCCCUCCUAUAUCUGAGAUGCAUCUUGAAAAACAUAGACCCCAACAAGUUAAAAGUGAAACCUUUGAAACCUUUUUUUUUCAUCCAGUUACUCUCCUGGAGUUAAUUAAUUUUUCUACUGAAAACUUAUUAACUCAUUCUUCAACACAGAAUUGGCAGAGAAUAUAAAGGCAGUGACAAUUAGAGCACCAAGCGCAGUGCCAUCAUUGUCCGCACCCUGAACCUUUAGAAAUGAUGAAAAGAAAAUCUAUGCAGAGAGACACACAGCCAGAGGUGGAGGAGCGAGGACACUGGGGAAAUAAGGUGGAAUUUCUCCUUGCUGUGGCGGGAAAUGUUGUCGGCCUGGGGAACGUGUGGAGGUUUCCCUACCUCUGUUACAAAAAUGGAGGGGGUGCAUUCCUGGUGCCAUAUCUGGUAUUUGUGGUAACCUGUGGUGUACCCGUGUUCCUGCUGGAGACAACUAUAGGGCAAUUCACCCAGGAGGGUGGCAUUACCUGCUGGAGGAAGCUGUGCCCAUUAGCAGAAGGGAUAGGCUUUGGUGGACAACUAAUCAUUUUCUAUAGCUGUAUGACCUACAUCAUUAUUCUUUCCUGGGCUUUGCUCUACCUCGUGUUCUCCUUCAGCUCUCAGCUCCCCUGGGCCUCCUGCAACAACGACUGGAACACAGAGGGCUGUGUAGACUUUUCAACAAAAAAUAACACCGUCCACUGGACCAACCAGACAAACUCGACCUCUGCAGCCACCGAAUUUUGGGAACGACGAGUGCUGAUGAUCUCUGGGGGCAUUGAGGAAAUAGGCAGCAUCCAGUGGGAGGUGCUGUUGUGCCUCAUUGCUAUGUGGAUCGUCUGCUACUUUUGUAUCUGGAAAGGAGUCAGAUCUACAGGAAAGGUGGUAUAUGUCACAGCUACCUUCCCCUACGUGAUGUUGUUAAUACUUUUGAUUCGUGGCCUCUCUCUUCCUGGAGCAUUCGAAGGAAUCAUGUUUUAUCUUCUGCCUGAACCCUCACGACUGAUAGACCCUCAGGUGUGGAUGGAGGCUGUGAGUCAGAUCUUCUUCUCCUACAGUAUCGGUGUGGGCUCCCUAAUUGUGCUGGGAAGCUACAACAAAUACAACAACAACUGCUAUAAAGACUCUCUGAUGCUGUGUUUGCUGAACAGUGGUACCAGUGUUGUAGCUGGUUUUGCUGUGUUCUCGGUGCUGGGAUUCAUGGCUCAUGAGCAAGGUGUUCCCAUUGCAGAAGUGGCAGAGUCAGGUCCAGGCCUGGCGUUCAUACCAGGAUACCCUCAGGCUGUAGCCAUGAUGCCCCUGCCUCAACUGUGGUCCAUCUGUUUCUUUGUUAUGCUCAUUCUCUUGCGUCUUGAUUCACAAUUUGUUGCCAUGGAAGUAGUGAUGACGUCCUUUGUCGAUAUGUUUCCCAAAGUGUUGCGCAGAGCUGGCCGAAGGGAGAUUUUUCUCCUUCUCUACUGCCUGAUAUGUUUCUUCUCUCAGCUUGUCAUGGUUACUGAGGGAGGAAUGUUUGUGUUCCAGUUGUUGGACUACUAUGCUUGUAAUGGAGCCUGCAUCCUCUUCCUAUGUGUGUUUUGAACUCUGGCACUGGGUUGGAUAUUUGGGGUAGAUCAGCUGUAUGACAUAAUAAAGGACAUGACAAAAACACAAGCCAACUACUUCUUUAAACUCUGCUGGCUCUACCUCACACCACUGGUCUCACUAGUGAGCUAUUCUUUCACUGAGUACCAGCCUCUGACCUUUAAUCGGUGGUACAUCUAUCCAUCCUGGGCAUAUGUGCUGGGGUGGAUACUGGCCCUCUCCUCCAUCCUGCUUGUUCCAGGAUGGGCCCUGUAUAAGCUGGGCACUGAGACUGGGACUCUAAGUCAGCGUUUCCAUCAUCUUUGCCAGCCAAAUCUUGAAAAUUUAGAGAACCAAAAGAGGGAAACUCAGCUAGAGACCAUCAGAGAACUUCUGCAGUAGUUCACACUCAACUGAUACAAAAGGUCAUCUGAUCCCUUUGUAACACCUACGAUUUGGAGUUGAACGUGAUGUCACUUUCUCUGUUUUCCAUUAAAAAAAAAAUCUUUUUUUCCAAUUCUGUACCCAUUUGAGCUGCAUCAUAGUCAUUUUUUUCUUUUUUUUGUUUAUACAAUAUAUCAAUGUAUCUAAAUCCACACACAUUUUCUUUAAUGGAAAGAUAUGGUUGCUGUGUUUGUGUAGUGCACUCCCAAAAAUGAUGUUUUACACCACAUGUUACAAAAAGAAAAAAUGCUUUUGUGUUGAUAUGACUGACCUCAAAAAAAUGUCCUUAAACGUUAAAGGCAGGGGCGAUUCUAGGAUCAGAGCUUUGGGGGUGCUGAGCAGCCAGAGAGCUGCCCAUCCAGGCAUCCAGGCCUUUACUCGUCAUAAUGAGACGUCUUCCCCGUCUCUGUCAGUCCCUGCAUCCUUAAAUGUCUCCAGUUGUCACGAGUUCUCUCUGACUGUCUCCUUGGUGCAUUUA